AUGGGGAGAGCGGGCCUACGCGCUGUUGUCCUUUUCCUUCUUCUUCACCUGGGCGUGUCCCGCACGACGGACGAUGGGGAUCCACCGGAAAGACCGAACACCUACUCCCUCCAUUUUAACAAUAAGCAAAGAUACGUAGUUCGAAGGGAUGUGGGGUCUCCCUACAGAAGUUUCUUCCUUUACGUCGAGGAGGUUCACAAGACAUCCGUCGUUUACCCCCUCAGAUAUGUUAACCAAUUAGGCAGAGGGGUCCACCAAAGGGAUGCCACUUCCAUCAACACCGUCAUGCCAUACGAUAACCUAACUGAUCGUUCUAACCACCCCCCCCUAAAGGACUUCCCCAUUAAAUACUUCGAGAAAAUUGUUCCAUACACACGGAGGGAAAUAAAGGGAAAAAAAUUAAAGCAUUUUUGUGAAGAAAAAAAAAAGCUCUACGAAAAUGUGGACAGUCGGGAGAUCUGCUUCUGCUGCUACUGCAGUCCGCACCCCGUCUUCCCUCUCUACUCCCGCCUAAAGUACCAGAGGCAGAAGAUCCUUUGUCGCAGGAGGGUGACGGACGGGGAGGAGACAGUCAUUCUAACCCUAAAAUGCUUAAAAAAAAGCAAAAGAAAGUACCACGCCUUUUUCGUGCAAAGGAGCUCAAACUCCUUCAUGGUUAAAGUUACCUUCCAGGAGUUCAAUCUAACCGACGAGUUUUUCCUGAGUAGAAAUGACAAGUCGGCACUGGAGAGAAGAACCUACCUGCUGGAUCCCUCGAACAGUGAAAUAGAUGACGAGGUAUUCAAUGUGAGACUGAAGUUCCUCGCGGAGAGGACACACCGGGGAGAUUCCAUUGAGGGGAACUACCUUUUCCUCGAUUCGGACGUGUUUAAAAGAAGGGUAGUGUUGGAUGACUCCUUCGCAGAUGAGGAGGUCUUGGAGAAUGGCCUCAUCGUGAACGCGGACCACGUAGACGAGAAGGGCACCGAAUGCAAAAAAGUCACGGCCUAUCCAAACGUGUGGGAAGAGAAAAAAGGUUUCUGUAAGUAUGGAAGGAACCACUGCCUGAAGGGGCAGCUUGCCCAGUUUAUCUACUUGGAGGGGAAGCUAGACGUGAAGAAGCGGCUGCGGCAUAACUAUUCGUUUUUCAUGGGGAGGAAGACCCCCUUGGGGGGGCGUACUAUUAACGGUUCAAGGAGCGAUCAUGGGGACAAUCCUGCAGGUAAUUCAAACCAUGCAAAUGAUGCCAACUUCGCUACCGCCCCGCCGGACCUCGAGGAGGACUACCACAUGAGCCUGCAAAAACGAGCACACAACUUUGCGGAAAUAACAUCACACAACGGGGAGGGUCUACAGAUAACCCACGAAGAAGACGUCCUCGGAGAGUCAGUCUCCCUUGUUCACAUGCUAAGCAACUGCUACGACUUUAACAACCAAGUUGAUCCGUCCUGCUCGGUGUAUAUAAGCAUAUGGAAUGCAGAGGAGGUAGAGAAGGAAGUGAAGGUUUCUAUUACCUGUGAGAGGAGGAUCAUGGCUGAUGAGACUACACUUAGGAGGAAUGUUAUAUUGGCGAAAAAGGGGGAGAGCAGUGUGGUCAUUAAAUUUAAACCUGCCGUAGAUUUGCUUGUCACCCCGUGUAGAGUGGUGGUGCAGCGUCAGAAACGCUCAGACGAACUGCAGCAGCAGCAGAAGGGGAACAUCCGGGGGGAGUCUCCACCGAGCAGCACGGCAGGGGGGGACAACCAUAAGGAUGGAAAUACAAACGGUAAUACAGUUGGUAAUGAAGACAGCCGAGAAGCGAACGGGCAGUACUUCACGUUUUCCGUUGGGAGCAAUGGCGAAAAGGAAGAAACAGCAGAGAGGAUCAUUUGGGACAGCCCCCUCCAGUUUAAUGACGUCCCUUGGGAUAUCAUCCAAAUGCAUAAAAAAAGACUUGAACUCCUCGAAGGAGAAGACUAUGGUCCACCUGGAGAAGGAGUCCUAGGAAAGUACACAGGGAAAGUAGCAAAUUACUUCAGUGGUUGUCGAACAAGUGUGAAAGUUUUUUUUCUCCUCGUGUGUGUCAUCCUUGUGGGUAUCUUCGUCCUCCCAAGCGUGCACCCACUCAACGGGCUCCUACUUAAAAGGAAGUGGUUCUACACCUUGCGGAAGAUUCGCAUGCUUUUCGUUUGGGCGAUACAGGACGCGUGUCUCUUUGUUCAUCGGAUCGUGAAACGGGCCAUUAAAGGGUUCAAGUUUGUCUUAGUGAAGGUGUGCAGGGUUGUCUUCAGGAGGAGACGUAAGCGACGGAAAGAGAAGCAGCUCAUAGGCGACGCCUACCUGCACAAACAGACCCGAAGGAGAAAGAAGGAUGAGAAAAAAAGAAAUAAAAAAAUAAAAGGGGAAAAGUUGAAAAGGGAACAGGAAGAGCUGAGGAGAAGGAGGCACAAAAGGCUGAUGCUUCAUGAGGCGCAAUGUAAGGGGGAGCUGCAUCCCGAGAAGAAUGAACCCAGGGAGAAACAUCACAAGAAGGGGGAGCAUCCAAAGAAGGACCGAAUUGGGGGUGACCACCACGGGAGGACAGGUCAAUCGAAGAGGGGAGAUUCUUCCUCCGAAUCGUCUGCAUGCUCCUCCGUGUUGUCUGCCUCGUCCUCCACCACCCCCUACCGUGACAGCAGCGGCCACGCCAGUUGUCAUAAGGGGAGUGCUUCACGGGGGAAGAAAAACCACAGAACGAGGCAUGUAAGCAAACGGGGUGAAGGGGAAAAGACACACAGGGUAGUUGCUUCGCCCAGUAGUGAACAGAAGAACCAAUCCGAUAAGGUAUAA